AUGUCCCGAAAUGGCAGCACGAGGAAUCCGGUCCCGCGCAAGGGACCGCAUUGGAGUCAUCUUCGACAAUUCAGCAGGUCCAGCUUAGACCGCACCCAUACCGAGCCCUUGACCUCGCCCACAAGCGUUUCGACCCAUUCCACCAUCAAGGAAGAGAAGCGCACGAGGCUAGAACGUCGAUGCACGGUCACGGUGAAUGAGGGGUACGCCAAGGAUGAAGUCCUGCUCAACUUCGACCUCGUGGGCGGCGAUAUCAGACCUGGCACGUUGAUGUGCAUCUCGACGGUUAAGGAUGACACGCGGAAGCCCUCUACUGGGCAUGGCUCUAGCAGCAAGCAGAGCCAGGACCAGAAUUCCGGCGCCAAAGGAGGAUCGACAUGCCAGAACGGAGAUAGCGCUGGCUUCAAAUACGUCUUUGUCGCAAAAGAUAUGCCCAAAGAUAUGAAGGCACGGCAGCACGACGUGGAGGUCUAUGUCUUGAAGCACAUUGCGGAUGCGUUUGGGAUGAAGAAGGGCUCCCAGGUUCUCCUAACGGUGGUUGACGCCAAGAACCCAGCUACCGAGGCUUCUCACGUUGAACUAUCGUUCAAGGACCAAUACUUGUCGAGAUCGGACAUUUGGAGAAUGACAGUCGGGGAGUUGACGGGGAGAACCGUCUACAAAGGCCAAUCCAUCUUGUUCAUGGGCACUAUCAAGGCUCAGAUUACCGCUAUUUAUGUCGACGGUCGGAGAACGCAUUCUGCCUUCUUCACUCGUGACACACGGCCAAUCUUCCGGAGUGAAUCAGCCAGAUACGUGCUCUUCAUCCAGAUGGCCAGGGAAAUGUGGGAGUUUGACUCGGAAAGCUCUGGUGCCAUCAUGUUCAACAAGGUUGUCAACGGCUUUCUACCCGCGCUGUUCAAGAGGUGGGCGAUGCUAAAAGCAAAGCAUCUGGUCAGCAUCGUGCUCUUCGCGCGCGUAGAGUACGAUACCGGAUUGACGGCCGAGUUCGACAACCUCGAAGGGGAUUACUACACGGGCAUUCAACCCUCGGGACCCCGUCGGCCGUACAAGGACUUCUAUCGCGUGGUUGUGAGCGAGAUGAGCAGCGGAGAGUGGACAAAGAUUCUGCACCAGUUGAAGAUGGAGUUCAACUUUUUCCGUCGAGACAUUAGUCUACAUCACCACAAGCUCGUCACGCAAGCAGAGACUGAGGGGUCACACACGAUCCCGAGAGACACUCCCUCGACAAGAGUCAAGGCAGAGUCGACCUUUUCGAUGUAUGGCAACCUCUUGGAAGCAAUCAACUUGGCCUCAUCCCAGUUCGCGCACGACCACAUCGACAGAGACCUCACCAGGACAGGCAUUUCUAUUGUAAUCAUCAGUCCUGGCCCUGGUGUUUUUGAAGUCGACUAUGAAACUCUUCGAAGAACGACUGAGGCAUUGGUUGGUAACGGUAUCGGUAUCGAUUUGAUCUGUAUGCCCAAGAUGCCUUUGCACUCGGUACCUCUCUUCAAGUAUCGUAACCCGCAGUAUUCUGAGGAGCACGGUCAUCACCCCCAUUCUGGCCUCUCAAGAUCGUUUCAUAGCCGUGACAGUACGCCAAACCACCCUACGCCCGUCAUCGGCAGUUAUCAGUCCUUGGCAGAAUCCUUCUCCCCUUCUAAGAGCAUGAGCCUUUCCCGCCGUCCUGAUCCUCUCAUGUCCAUGGCGACGAGCGAUGAAUGGUGCUAUGCCCUACCUCAAUGGCUUCAUGUUUCUUUCUGGACCGGAGCGUCUGAUGAAGCCUUGUCCUACGAGGGCAUCGCUCUAUCAGUGUCCAACAAAGUUGAACAAGAUGAUGAAGACGAGUUCAAUAUCCGGUGCCGCAUGUAUGCUUUGCAAAUGAGAAGCAUCCUCGAGACUAAUGAGAUCGAGACGACACCUCUACAAGUUGACACUCAUUUCCCUGCCAACAUCACGGAGCCACCAUCAGCGCAAAAGUUCCGCCAGACCGGCAUCAACGAUACCGUCUACAUCCCCAACAAGCGUGCUCCCGAGGCCCUGUUUGACUAUGUAUACGGCUUCCAACGGUUUGUCCCAGACCGACUGGCAAGGCCUGGUGAGAAGUCUCUGUGGAAGCAGCUUCAAGAAUUUGAUGAUUACAGAGCCAAGAUCUCGAGCAGCCGAAGGCACCAUCAUUCGUCACGACACGCCAAAGACUUGGAGGAGAUAACACGGAGGCAGCUGGCCGAGGACUCGGGGCUCUAUGGGACCUCCUUACCUGAGAAGAAACCAGCCAUACUAGGUUCCUCAACAAGAAAGCUGUCGAUGAAUAUGAUGGACGCCGACAAACCAUCUCCUGCAGCCAUCAAGAAAGCCGAGUCAACCCCCAAAGCUUCCAAGCCAACAACGGUGGCGAAGCAACCAAAGUUGAUGCGGCAGAUCAGCCUUGGUCAACGGGGAUUUGGUAUCGCUGCCCCCAAAGCUGUGAUUGCAGAGAUCAAAGCUGAAACUGUCAAUGCCUCUGGUACCUCAUCCGCAGAGACGAGGCAGCCAUCAACACCUCGUAUGCGCCCAGAGCUGCGUCCCAGCUCGCCUCAGACUAUCACAAGCCAGUCUUCGACAUUGUCUACACAAAAGUAUCGGCUGGAUACACCUGAUACCAUCAUUGAGGGAGUGCCAAUGACGCCGAGUAUUCCUAUUCUUAAGAGGAACAACUCUGGUAUCCUCGACACUGCUGCAACACAACUGAGGACUGCCUCCUCCAUGAUGAUCUCCUCACCUUUCAACAACCGGCACCAGAAGCGGGAAGAUGAUCGCGAUCUGAGGUUUUCAGACGCCCUUCGAGCGGAUGAUGCUCAGAAGGUCUAUACCAACAAGCUGCGCGCUGGUGCUGUCUUGGAUCUGCCGACUACUCUGUCUCCUACCACGGCCAUCACCCCUUGGUUAACGCUGUUGAACCCAUCCAACCCAGACAGUCUCCUGAUUGACGAUAGCAUCUUGUACAGCAGAUGGCAGCACGUGUAUCCUCAGAUCAGCCAGAUGAAGGUCCAGAAAUGGAAGGCCCUCUGCUGUCCUGCCUCUGUGCCGUUGACGACUGAAUACUUUCCCUCAAAGGCUCAGUUUGACACGGAGUAUCAUCGACAUCCGUACACUCUCGACCAAAAUGCAGAUGAUGACCUGGCUGAGGAGCCCAAGACGCGUCAGGAGUUUAUCCAGGAGCUCAUUAGUCUGCGAUUCACUCAAGGCUUUCAGAUCGUGGUUGGCCCAGCAGUUGCACGGGCUUUCGGACAGAACCUCAUCAAGAUUGGCGACAUCUUCUCACGGGAUCAGCGCCUAGAGGAUGGCACCAGCAUCUUCAUGUCGGUUGGCAACACCAUUCACCAACUCUCAUGCGUGAAUGGCACAGAGGUGGAGGUCAACAUAUUUAUGCGGAAGCCAAUAGACACAUCCAUCACCUGUCAGGGCUUCUCGCCAAUCUACAAGCCCGCCAUCCGAACUCUGCUGGACGAUUCCUACGAAGCACGAGAGAUUGACAUUCUCACGCCCCGGCCAGAGCGCAACUGGAACAUGAUUGAUUCGUACAUUGCUGGCCAUCAUGAUGAGAUGAUGGAUAGCUUGCGCUUCUGGCGUGCAAGGUUCGUCCUCAUUCCUGUGUCGCGCAAGGACGUCCCAUUGCCCAAGACACAAGGAGGAGACAAUGCCGAGGAGGUCCGUAUCGAGGGAAUCAAGCGUCUCGCACAGUCUUGGCAGAAGUAUCGUUACAUUCCUCCAUCAGAGCGGCGGUAUCAUUCACUUGGUCAUCGUCGUAAGCGGGACCCCAAUCCCCUGGACAUUGUCUACAAGACUGAAGAUCCCUCGGUUGUCAUUGCCGCUGAGCUCGAGACUCUUCCUAUCCUUGAAGGUCUCGACGGCAUCGGCCGCAAGGGGCAGCUUGUAUCGAGCAAAGAGCGUUUUAAGAAGUCCAACUUGAACUUGUCUGCGCUUGCGGAGGCCAUGCAGCAGCCGGUCGAGAAUGGAGGCGUCAGGUUGCAGAAUCGAAGGUGGCAUCUCCGUCUUCACUAUGCCUGCUUCAUCGGCUCCGACAUGGUGACGUGGCUACUCGACAACUUUGAGGAUCUUGAGACUCGAGAAGAUGCCGAGGCUCUGGGCAACGCCCUGAUGGUGACGGACGAGGCCAAGGCUGGCACACCGAAGAGCGAGAAGGACAAGGGCAUCUUCGUCCACGUCGAGAAGAGACACCAGUUCCGUGAUGGCAACUACUUUUACCAGAUCGCCAGCGAGUUUGCCAAGGCCCAUACGGGAUGGUUCAACACGAGAAGGGCUGGAGUUCCUCCCACGCCGAUCCUUGAGCCUACGAACCGAGAUUCACCUCGGGCUUUGAUGUCGGCUCGUCCAACCUCACUUCACGAAGAGGGCUCCCCUGCGUCAACAUCAACCACGCCAACUCUGCCUCUGUCUCACAACGGAAAACGGCCUAAAGUGGUGCUGAGCAAGGUCAUCAAGUACGACGUGGAUCAUCGCAAGCGAUCAUUCAGACCUGAGAGGAUCGACCUGCACUAUGACCGUCUUCACAACCCAGACAGUUGCUACCACAUCCGGAUAGACUGGAUGAAUGUGACUACAAAGCUAGUUGAAGACGCAGUCGAGAGUUGGGCUCGAGAGGCUAGUCAAUACGGCCUACGUCUUGUCGAGGUGCCCAUCAAGGAGGCAUGCACCAUCACGGAAACUAAUCCUUUCCGGAGACCCUUCCGUCUCAAGCUGGCAGCGCAUCCUCCUGACCAGAAGCCCGAGACGUACUUUGACCCCAACUCUCUGGGCCCGACAACCUCUCCGACUAGGCACUUUUACCAGACAGCCAUCCUCAAGAAGUUUGACUUUGUCCUCGACAUGGAGGCGGGAUCCAACUUCCCCGGCAACGUCGAUGUGAGCUACUCUUGGGGCAAGCCCGAUUUCAAGUACAGUCAGUACAUCCACCGGAGCGGCACACUCCUGGCUGAGAUCACCGAUGAGGGUGACUUGCUAUUCUUGGCGAAUCGUCUAUACAGCAACCGACCUGCGAACCCGCGAGACAAGGAGAUUCGGGCCGCUGACCCCCUGGUUGAACGUGGAGGAGGCCGCAUGUCGGCAUUUGGCCCUUACAGCGCCUACGGUAUCCCUGAGUCGACAACCAUGGCCUCGCCCCUGCUCAAGCCGACUCACUACUACCACUCUCCGGCGCUCAAGCCCGUGGACCAGCCGGCCAAGGCGGUCCCGGUCUCGUCCCCGGAUCCGGAGCUCAUCAAGAUUGAGAUCGAGGAGUUUUGUCACGACGUCGUCGCCCUUGAGGCAUUUUACCGUGAGGCUAUGGAGAAGAACCAAGCAGUCCAGGGCACACCCGCCACUGCUGCCGUGCCCACCGUGCUCGAAGCUGUGCCUGAAGCCAGCAUCCCGACCCUUGGCCUGCCGCCCGGUGUGCUCGGAGGCAAUGAUGGCGCACCCACCAAGCGGCUCAACAGUCCCAUGUCCUUUUUGCGAAGGAGCAGCGUGCAGUAUGACGGCGGCUCGAGCCUAAGCGGGCGAUAA